ACGUCACUGAACGCGGAAGUGGACGCUUUGGUGGAAACAAAUGUAAACAUUUUGCUCUGGAAACUAGAGGUUGCUAAGAAACCUGGUGUAUUGUACACUAAAAUUUAGUUUUCUUUAGUCACUAGACACUCUAGGCUUCUAACCGGAGGGCUGUUAUAAGUAUUUAAAAAAUCAUUUUGUGUGUAAAACCUCUAACAGCGCGAAAUAGACCUCGUUUCCUGAGAACAAUGUCUUCUGUCGAUAUCCAUUCCCAGUUAGCGUCCAUAAUAGAAAGGUUCGCCAAAGGGGCACUGGUAGAGAUGACGAAAAUCAUAGACAAGGACUCGGCACUUUUACGCGCGGAGAUAGCGCGGAGACAAAUGGAGGUCGAGGCGCUUUUGUGUAAACUGCAGUUCGCUGAGAGUGAGCUGAGAUCGGCGCGCCAGGCUGCAGCUACCCGCCAGUCCGCUGCUAACCGCCGCUCUGUAGCUGUACAAGUUACCAUCACGGCUGCACUGCAAGACCCUAAUGACACUCACACAGACGCGCACAUGGAUGCUUCUUCUAAUGCAAAGGAGGACAGAGCAGAAGCAUUUCAGGUUAAAGAGGAGAGAACCGAGUUGAAGCCUUGGGACAAUGCAGAUGAGAUCGAGGAGACUCGUGUGUGCUGGGAGGAGGAGCGCCAUGCAUCCAACACAUCAGGAGAAGGUCUUCAGGAAGCCAAACCCGGUGUUCUUUGGGACUCCCCUGAGUUAGAGGACUUCAACAUGAGACCUGAGGCAUCACAAGACACUACUAAUGCAGAUCACGGGCAUCACAGCACAAAUGCAUCCCCAAACCCAAGAGAAGAAAACAACAUUCACUUUCAGUAUCAGCAAACCACAGACUGCGAUGCAGCUCAACACAGACUCAAUCGCUACACUAACACUAACUCCAACACUACAGCACAUCCUCCGGCCAUCGAGCACAGAGGUGACGGCGUGGGGGUGGGGGAGAAGAGUUCACGCUGCGCUCAGUGCGGUAAAACCUUCACUACACGCUUCUACCUGAAAAUCCAUCAACGCAUCCACACAGGAGAGAGGCCCUACACGUGCCUACAGUGCGGCAAGCGCUUCUACUGCAACUCCCACCUCAUUUCUCAUCAGCGCUGCCACACGGGAGAGAAGCCUUACAGCUGCGAGGAAUGCGGCAAGUCGUACUCCCAUUUAAACUCGCUGAAACUGCACCAGCGCAGCCACACAGAGGAAGAGGUCUGCAACUACUGGUGACUUAGAAAUCCAAAUCUGGCCUUAUUGGAUUGUAUCUCUUAACUGAUAUACGAAAUGUAACACGCACAAUAUUCCUAAUGUGGACAAUGUCUUACCUUGACUUCUGACCUCUAUCUGCUAUCUGAAGCAAAUGGGCAGUUUUAUAGGUCGAGAAUUCGCUGCCUAGAACCAUAAAACAACAUGUGAAAAGUUUAGGCAAGAAUCACAUGUUACAAAGCUUAAUCUUCAGUAAUGUUUUAUCUUCCAAUUUUAAUUGAAUUUAUUCAAUUAGCCAACACGUGUCUGGUGUCUUAAGUUUGCUUCUCUGUUUUAUUUUUCAUUCAUUUCCAUUUUAAUAUAGAUUACAAGUACAGGAAGUUUUUAUCCAGCAGUUUAGCACUGUGUAAACUGAAUGUUUAACUCAUCACAAACAUCUUAAAAGACACUUUCCGAAAGCCUUCCUUGUCACUGGAAUUUGUACUUUUAUUACAUAUUUUUACCUUUUAAAGCUUUACUUUGCACAUGAAUUAUGUAAUGGGCCUAAAAUCAUAUUUAAAGCUACAUUAUAUCAAAUGAUAUAUACCAUCCCAGUGACAAGAGAAUGUGCUGAAACAGAGAGCGCUGAGAAAGGAAGUGAUUCGGUUUUGAGGUGGCUGCUACCACGGUUUAUUGUAUUUUAACAUCCGCUUGUCCAUUCUUAUAGGCAACAGCAUCAGAAACCACAUAAAGAUGUUUCGUUUUCUGAAAAACAAACACCGUUUGAGACGCAUGUGUGAUGAUUCAGGCAAGCAGAUUGAACUGUGCUAAACUGCUAGCUACAAGCUUUCACUUGUACGUUAGUUACAUUAGACUCGUAGCCCCUGUCACUAAACGUGUCUUCUACAUUUUAUUUUGAUUGGACUGUUGAAGCAGUUGUUACUUCAUAAAUAUUUACUACUGUCAAAAUAUUUCAAUACAUGAUACAUGCAAAGGUUGGUUUGGUGUCAUGAAUAUGUUGAAUGCAAUGUAGCAUAUAAUUAUUGUCUUUUUUUUUAUUAUUAUUAUUUUUUAUUUCGUUUUCAUUCAUGUCAUUUAUAAUGAACUAGAAAGCCUCGCAAACUUUAACCUAAAAGGUUGGAGGAAGGAUUUUUAUUCAAUUUUAAACUUGUCCACAAUUAAACAGAGUCUUUAUGCAGUUGUUGCAUAAUGACUAAUUAUUUUCACUUUUUUUUAUAAUAAAAACCGGUUUAUGGUG